AUGACGGAACUUGAGGUCAGAAUAGGAGAAAGACCUACUUACAGAAAGCCAUAUCCAGCCUAUAUUGAUCAGAUGCCUCUACCCCCCAGUUUUAAAGUACCAAAUUUCACUCUGUUUAAUGGAGAAGAUGCUCAUGCCUCAUCUGUCGAACAUAUAGGCAGAUUUUCUGUCCAGUGCAUAGCCAUUGAGACCAAUCCUCUUUUGAAGCUCAAACUUUUUGGAAAUUCAUUAUCUGCCCAAGCCUUCACCCGGUAUACUAAUCUGCCAGCCAAUUCUGUCCAGGCCUGGGAACAGAUGGAAAACGCUUUUCAUGACUACUAUUUUAGGAUCCAGCCAAAAGUCACGAUUAGUGACCUUGCAGCUCUCAAACAGGUUGAAGAUGAACCUACCCAGGAGUUCAUUAGUAGGUUCAAGAAGCUAAAAAUGAAAUGCAGGAUUCCAAUAGAAGAAAGGCACUUCAUCCAAAUGGCCCAGGCUGCCCUUAAGAUCUCCCUGAGAAAGAGAUUUGAUGGAAUAUUCUUUGCAGAUCUGGCAGAAUUGGCAGACAAGGCCUCUAAAUAUGAAGACCUACUGAAGGAAGAACAACAGAAAAGAAAUUCUUCCAAGGGCACAUAUUAUAAAACGCCAUCUUCCAUUUACAGUCCAUUUGGUUGA